UGGCGAUGUGGCAGGUACCGCCGGGGUCGGCGGAGGAGGAGGAUUGGCUGGAGGACUGGGAGGAACUGGAGGAGGAUCAGGGGGCAGCACCUUCAUGCUGCUGCUCGAAAACUUUAACGAUUAUUUUCCCAACUACAAUGGGAGCACGGUUUCGGGAACAACAACCAUUGCGCCGGGGGCGGGGAUGGGCUCGGGCAUGGGCGUGGCCAUCACGGGGAGCAGGGGCGGCGGCCUGCUGCUCGAGCAGAACCUGACGGGACUGUACCUUGACGGCUACCGGUUCAACUGCACCAACGAGACGCUCAACCUGACCGACCCCUGCGCCGAGCUGAGAGUGGUGGACCACAACUACUGGGCGCUCAUCCUGAUCCUGUUCCCCAUCCUGACCCUCUUCGGCAACAUCCUGGUCAUCCUGUCCGUGUGCCGCGAGCGCUCGCUGCAGACAGUCACGAAUUAUUUUAUAGUCUCGUUGGCCAUCGCCGAUCUCCUGGUCGCCGUGGUCGUGAUGCCAUUUGCUGUCUAUUUUCUGGUAAAUGGAGUCUGGGCCCUGCCUGACGUUGUUUGUGAUUUCUAUAUAGCCAUGGAUGUGAUAUGCUCUACUUCAUCGAUAUUCAACUUAGUUGCCAUCUCCAUAGACAGAUAUAUCGCUGUGACACAGCCAAUAAAGUACGCCAAGCACAAAAAUAGCCGCCGCGUUUGCCUUACGAUACUGCUGGUGUGGGCCAUAUCGGCUGCCAUCGGUUCUCCGAUAGUUCUGGGCCUCAACAACACGCCCAAUCGCGAGCCCGAUGUAUGCGCCUUCUACAACGCUGACUUUAUACUCUACUCCUCGCUGAGCAGCUUCUAUAUACCCUGCAUUAUUAUGGUGUUUCUCUACUGGAACAUUUUCAAGGCGCUGAGGAGUCGGGCGCGGAAGCAGCGGGCGGCCCGCAAGCCCCACCUAUCGGAACUCACGGGCGGCAGUGUCAUCGAGAACAUCGCCCAAACGCGCCGCCUGGCGGAGACGGCAUUGGACAGCAGCCGGCACGCCAGCAGGAUCCUGCCGGACGAGGCGGCCACCAACACGGCCAGCGGUUCCAACGAGGAGGAGGACGAGAACGCCAUCUCGCCGGACAUCGACGACUGCCACGUCAUCGUGAACGACAAGUCCACCGAGUUCAUGCUGGCCACCGUCGUCGAGGAGACGGGCAACAGCGUCGUGGCCCAAAUCACCACUCAGCCGCAGCUGGUCGUCGCCGAUCCGAAUGGCGUGGCGCCCGCCUCCGCCUCCGCCGCCACCUCCGCUGCAGCUCCGCGGAGCAGCGGCUCGCCGCCGGACAGUCCGCUGCCCAGUGGCGCCACCCUCCAGCGGUCCAGCGUCAGCAGCCAGCGGCGCAACCCCGACGACUCGCCGAAGCGCGGCGAGCCGACUCUCAGGUCAGUCGGUGUCGAUAACUCCAGCGUCGCCAUGAAGCCAUUGUCCUUUGUCCGCUACGGGGUGCAGGAGGCCAUGACUUUGGCACGCAACGACUCAACGCUAUCGACCACAUCGAAAACGUCCUCGCGCAAGGAUAAGAAGAACUCGCAGGCGUCAAGAUUCACGAUAUACAAGGUGCACAAGGCCUCGAAAAAGAAACGCGAAAAAUCGUCGGCCAAAAAGGAACGCAAGGCCACCAAAACAUUGGCCAUUGUUUUGGGUGUCUUCCUGUUCUGCUGGCUGCCCUUCUUCAGCUGCAACAUCAUGGACGCCAUGUGCGCCAAGUUCAAGAAAGACUGCCGACCGGGCCUCACGGCCUACAUGAUGACCACCUGGCUGGGCUACAUCAACAGCUUUGUGAACCCGGUGAUCUACACGAUAUUCAAUCCCGAGUUUCGCAAGGCCUUCAAGAAGAUCAUGCACAUGGGGUGAUUAAAAACGCGAAUAGCAAUAGCAACUACCAGGAUGGUGAGGGAGUCCUUGUGGACUGGAUAUGAUUAUGAUAUGAUAUGCCAAAUGGAAGCCAUCGAUGCACAUGAGACCUCAGUUGGCACUGUGCAUUGGGCUUUAGUUACGUUUCGUUUGUCGUUCGUUGGCUUCUCCAAUAGCAUUAAGGUUCAGCUACUUAUGUAAAUAGAUCUGUAUAUACCUCUACUCGGUUAGGCCCAUAUACUCAGCAAGACAGAAAGACACAGAGAGAGAGAGAGAGAGAGAGGCGAGAGCAUUACGAGCUGUAGGCUAGGUAAAAUUUUUAACAAUUACAUUAAGCUAACCCUAACUAGCGAUAUAAUCAAGACACGACAACCACAGCAAACACGCGAUUAACAUUCCAAAGUAGCCAUAAGUUAUGCUAGGGUUACGGAUACGACUCGCUUUAACAGGACAAUGUAGUGUUCUUCGUAGGCUGCUCCCAAAACCUAUCACAUAUCACGAGCAGCAAGCUAUACCCACCACACACAGUACUCAGCCCCCCUCUAUUCGAACCCAAAAAUAAACCCCGAAUAUUAGAUAAGAGAGUAUGAAACAAGUUCAUAUCCCUAAAGGUUCUGCUGGCGAUUGUUCCAUAUCGAUACAUGGUGUCGGUACCUAGAGUUAGUUAGUUAAAUAAUCGGAAAUAAGUAGAUAAUAUAGCUAGCGGGCCUUGGGGUCAGCGCCUUCCACCACAGACACAUCACAUGUACGAAUUGGUCCAAGUUAGUUGGCGGACAUGGGCGAUAGGAAAGGGAAGUAUACAACUUGACAGAGUGACACAGACACACACACGAGCAGACACCAUAAAUCAAAUGAGCCCCACAAAUUAAUACAAUAUCGAGGGGCGCUGACCUUGAAGCUAAUCCCGCUUAAAGGUCACUUUCCGUUCGAUUUUCAGUUCGUUUAGCUAUAGAGACGAGCAUUAUAUAAGAGCAUUUAAGAUCCAGAGGUCGUACCUAGGCUAGUCAUAUAUAUAUAUAUAUAUAUCAGAUAGUACCAAGGGGGGCUGGCGUUAUAAAGAGCCUGGAUGCAUAGCAAGGAGGGGGAGAAUCAGGGUAUCUAGAGCAAAGGCUACCGCAUUGCUAGAAGCAAUAGGCGGUGAAAAGGAGCUCCGACUUUGGAGCCACCAUAGCAGAUAUACUCAUCGGUUUAAGCGUACGUGUAUAGUGGAAUAUCAAAACUGAGUUUUGAAACACGGACCGAAACCUUUGUCCUGCCGGAACUCGGAUUCCCAGGAUCCUGAGAUCGUUUCAAAACGGCAGGGCCGAAGGCCUUUGGUCCCUGAUUUCAACAGCCGUCCUCUUAACUGUUUCUAUGUGACAAAUAAUUGAUAGGUAAUUACUCCUACGUGUGUAGUAGUUUAUAAAACAAUUCCAUUAAUUACAUAUAGUACAUAUGGUAUAAGCUCGGAUUUGUGUACUUAGGCGUAAGCGGUGCCCCCAGCUCACAUUUCCAUGGAAACCCCUAGGAAACUCGAGAAAAAGCUCAACAGUUUUUAUACUUUCCUAAGAACUCCAAUACAAAUAUAGUAGCGAGUGUGUUGAGUGUGUGUUGGUGAGUGUUUUUUUUCGACAGGUUAGAACUCUAGUCGAUAAGGUUAGGCUAAGACUAUACUGUUCUACUUUCAGAUCAGUGUGAAAUGCUCUUAAGUUAGGUUCUUCCAAAGAAAACGCUUAUUAAUUAUAGCUAAUUGGUAAUUUUGCAAUUUGAACAAACUAUUUAUACGACACCAACACAAGCACACACACACACAAUAUUACUGUUGAUUUAUCAAAAUUGUAGCCUGAGUUUUCCAAUCGUUGAAUUGUUGUCUGUUAUCGUUAAUUUGUGAAUGAGAUAUAGCAUACUUUUAAGGUUCCUCCGUAGCGAGAUCUCUCUACCAAUAAAGCAUAUAUACGAUACCGAGUUUGUAAAAUAACUGAAAAUGGACAUGGAAACGGAAAAACUGAAAUGAAAACUAUUUUAAUGAAAUGGAAAUAUUUGUGUUUUUUUUUUCUAGAAAAUUAUGAGAAUUAUUAACUAAAUGAAACGUAGGCUAAGCUCUAAGAAAAGCAAACUAUUUCAAAAAUAAUUAUCAUAGCUUACGGAAAUAAUAAUAGCGAAUAACAACAAUAAACUAAUGAUACCAAAUAGGAUGUGGAGCGGCCUAGACUUCGUCAGCAUAAGAAUACAUCAAAUAAAUAAAGCAAAACUGAAAAUAUUUCA